CUCAGAUGCGACGAAACUUGGAUUAGUUGAAUUUGCCUAAGAUUGUCAUAUGACUGCGCCAACCAAACACAAGAGCCCCAAAUCAUGGAGCACUGGGCAAGAUCUCCCUGUGAAAGAAUGUAUACAACCUGCAAGUAUGGCUAAACCUGUGAGGAAAGUUAAAAGUGUUGUCGAUUGGAGAGAAGGUGAAGUUGAUACAGCAAGUAGAAAAUCGGGGCGUGAAGCGGAAAGUGGACAUCGCAAAGGAGUGGGAGAUUCCACCAUCAAGUUUGUCCACCAUUAUGAAACAUAAGGUGAACAUCUUGGAACAGUUUGACAAGCAGGCAUUCUCUCCAGCAAGGAAGAGGAUGAGAAUGGCUGCAUAUCCCGACAUCGAAGCAGCUCUGCUAACUUAAUUCAAGGCAGCCCGAGCAGAGAACAUUCCCAUCUCGGGUCCAAUCCUGCAGGAAAGGGGAGUCGCCCUGGCAAAGAAGCUGGGCCACAUGGAGUUCACCUGCAGCGAUGGAUGGCUGGACCGAUUCAAUACUAGGCAUGCGAUGUCCACUUUCCGCUUCACGCCCCGAUUUUCCACUUGCUGUAUCAACUUCACCUUCUCUCCAAUCGAUAACACUUUUAACUUUCUCACAGGUCUUCCGGGCGCUAAGCAGUGAGGGAGCGGCGGUUAAGGCAGCAAUGACAGAUGAUUGGCUCCAAAAAGGUCUUGCCCACAUCUUGUGUGAAACACAUAAUGGUGGAAAGUGGAGCAAGGAACGCAUCACUGUUGUGGUCUGCGCCAAAAUGGAUGGCACCGAAAAGCUGCCCCUUGUAAUAGGAAAGUCCAAGAAGCUACGUUGUUAGACAAAUGUCAAGACACUACCCGUGCAGUACGAGGCUAGCAAAACUGCUUUGAUGACCUCCAGUAUUUUUGAGGUGUGGAUCAGGAAAGUGGAUAAAAUGUAUCAACGAAAGAAAAGGAAGAUUGUCAUCAUUACAGACAACUGCCCUUCACACCCCAACAUCGCUGGCCUGAAGACUGUGAAACUGUUGUUCUUGCCUCCCAAAACCGUGGCCAAGCUCCAGCCAAUGGACCAGGGGGUGAUUAGGAACCUGAAAACCCACUAUCGACGGCAGCUGAUUUCUCAGGUUAUCAAGGCCAUCAAUAAGAAGCAAAAGUACAAUCCAACUCUACUAGAAGUCAUGUUCAUGAUGAAGAAGGCAUGGAAAAUGGUGACUGAAGCCACAAUUGCCAACUGCUUCUAUCGUACUGGGUUCAAACUGAUUAUGACUGCACAAGAUGUCGAGAAAGAGGAGGAGCAGGGUGAAGUCAACCAACCAGAUGACGAGACACUUUUUGCUCAGCUGCGGGAGGCUGGCAUGGAAAUUCCAGCAGAGAUAACCAUGGAAACUUACGCAGAGAUGGAUGAUGCCAUACGGUGCACAUGGGAGCUGACAGAUGAUAUCAUCCUAGAUGCAGUACAUUCCUCACCCGAGGAGGUUGAAAAGUCCGAUGAGUGUCUGCCCGCUCGCCCACCUGUUUCCCUAGCCGAUGCCUCAAAGGCCUUAGAGAUGCUCUGCGAUUUUGCACUACAGCAUGAAAACACUGAAAACAUGUUUGACUGCAUUGAAGACAUGGCAGACUGUGUCGCCCACGUCCAAAAUCAGCAUGCUAAGCAGAAAAAGAUUAUGGAGUGUUUCUGACGCUAACUCCCAACAUUUUUCAGUGCAAAGCCCUAGCCUUUUACAAGGUCAGGUCAUUG